AUGAAGCCAGUCGUAUCCGCCUUGAACGCAUGGAGCUGCACGGUUCUCUCGGUCUUCGCCAUUGUCAUCCUCUCCAUUGUAGGGGGCCUGUUUGCGACAGACCAUCACUCGAUGAUGGGGUUAGAAGGAGAUCCUGAAGACGGUGGAGCGGUCGCAGGCUCUAUAUUUAUUGCAGUGGCGGUUUAUGCUGCCAGGCAUUCUUGGUAUUCUGUGGCUUUCAAGCUUGGCUGCAUGUUCGGGCGAGUCGGCGGGGCGCUAUAUCACUGUGAUCAUAACGGAUUCUCUGCGAUAAAGGAGAAGAUACUCUCCGAAGAGCUGGGCAGACUGACGGCGUAG